GGAUUCUCCAGGUCCAGGCGCCUAGUCAUGAUGUAAGCUCCGGUUGCCUGGCAGACUCGGAAGUGGGAACUCUGGCCAGUGAGACUGUGGUGAAUCGUCGCUGCUGGCCCUUCAGGCUCUGCCGUUCCCCCAGGUCUGGAUGGAGGACACUUUAAAGUGAAAUGACAGACCAGGAGAAUAACAACAACAUCUCAAGUAACCCCUUUGCUGCUCUUUUUGGCUCCCUCGCUGAUGCCAAGCAUUUUGCAGCAAUCCAAAAGGAGCAGCUGAAGCAGCAAUCUGAUGAACUCCCAGCUAGCCCGGAUGACUCAGAAAAUAGUGUGUCAGAGAGCCUGGAUGAAUUUGAUUACUCUGUGGCCGAGAUUAGCCACUCAUUCCGUUCACAGCAGGAAAUAUGUGAGCAACUCAACAUCAAUCACAUGAUCCAAAGGAUCUUCCUCAUUACUCUGGACAAUAGUGACCCAAGCUUGAAAAGUGGGAAUGGUAUCCCCAGCCGCUGUGUAUAUUUGGAAGAAAUGGCAGUAGACCUUGAAGAUCAAGACUGGCUUGAUAUGAACAAUGUUGAGCAGGCUGUCUUUGCUCGCUUAUUACUUCAAGAUCCAGGCAGCCACUUGAUUAACAUGACUUCCUCUACAACAGUAAAUCUAUCUGCUGAUAGAGAUGCAGGGGAGAGGCACAUUUUUUAUUAUCUUUAUUCCUGCUUCCAAAGAGCCAAGGAAGAGAUUACCAAAGUUCCGGAGAACCUGCUACCCUUUGCAGUGCAGUGCAGGAACCUCACUGUGUCCGAUACACGAACAGUUCUUCUCACCCCAGAGAUGUAUGUUGAUCAAAACAUCCAUGAGCAACUGGUAGAUUUGAUGUUGGAAGCCAUCCAAGGAGCCUAUUUUGAAGAUGUAACUGAGUUUCUGGAAGAGGUCAUUGAAACCUUGAUAUUGGAUGAGGAGGUUCGAACAUUUCCAGAAGUCAUGAUUCCAGUGUUUGAUAUUUUAUUGGGCCGAAUAAAAGAUCUAGAACUCUGCCAGAUCAUGUUGUAUGCAUAUCUGGAUAUUCUUCUCUAUUUCACUAGGCAAAAGGAUAUGGCAAAGGUAUUUGUAGAAUACAUUCAGCCCAAGGAUCUUAGCAGUGGACAGAUGUACCAGAAGACCUUGCUGGGAGUAGUCCUGAAUAUCUCCUGCUUAUUAAAGACUCCGGGUGUAGUAGAAAAUCAUGGCUAUUUCUUGAAUCCAUCUCGUUCCAGUCCCCAGGAGAUCAAAGUACAAGAGGCCAACAUCCAUCAGUUCAUGGCUCAGUUCCAUGAAAAGAUCUACCAGAUGCUGAAGAACUUACUCCAGCUCUCUCCAGAAACCAAACACUGUAUCUUGUCGUGGCUUGGAAACUGUUUGCAUGCAAAUGCAGGCCGCACCAAGAUUUGGGCCAAUCAGAUGCCAGAAAUCUUCUUCCAAAUGUAUGCCUCGGAUGCCUUCUUUCUGAAUCUGGGUGCUGCUCUCCUGAAGCUGUGCCAGCCAUUUUGCAAACCCAGAUCCUCUCGUCUCCUCACCUUUAAUCCCACUUACUGUGCCCUGAAGGAGUUGAAUGAUGAAGAACGAAAAAUUAAAAAUGUACACAUGAGAGGUUUGGACAAAGAAACCUGUUUGAUCCCAGCUGUGCAGGAGCCAAAGUUUCCCCAGAAUUACAACCUCGUAACAGAGAACCUUGUUCUCACAGAGUAUACCUUAUACCUGGGAUUCCACAGGUUGCAUGAUCAGAUGGUAAAAAUCAACCAAAAUCUGCAUCGGCUGCAGGUUGCCUGGCGGGAUGCUCAGCAAAGUUCUAGCCCUGCUAGUGACAACCUCCGUGAGCAGUUUGAACGACUGAUGACCAUCUAUCUUUCCACCAAGACUGCCAUGACUGAGCCACAGAUGCUGCAAAACUGCCUAAAUUUGCAGGUGUCCAUGGCUGUUCUACUAGUUCAGCUGGCCCUAGGCAAUGAGGGCUCACAGUUGAUCGAGCUGACUUUUCCUCUGCCAGAGGGCUACAGCUCUUUGGCUUAUGUGCCAGAAUUUUUUGCAGAUAACCUGGGUGAUUUCCUCAUUUUUCUCCGCCGCUUUGCUGAUGACAUCUUAGAGACAUCAGCAGAUUCCCUGGAACAUGUCCUUCACUUUAUCACCAUUUUCACUGGAAGCGUAGAAAGGAUGAAGAAUCCCCAUCUAAGGGCCAAACUGGCUGAGGUGUUGGAAGCAGUGAUGCCCCACCUGGAUCAGACCCCAAAUCCCUUGGUAUCCAGUGUGUUCCACCGAAAACGUGUGUUUUGCAACUUUCCCUAUGCACCCCACCUUGCAGAAGCUCUAAUCAAGGUCUUUGUGGACAUCGAGUUUACAGGAGACCCCCAUCAAUUUGAACAGAAGUUUAAUUACCGCCGUCCCAUGUAUCCCAUUCUAAGGUACAUGUGGGAAACAGAUACCUAUCGAGAAAGCAUUAAGGAUUUGGCUGAUUAUGCCUCUAAGAAUUUAGAAGCCAUGAAUCCCCCACUUUUUCUCCGCUUUCUUAACCUGCUGAUGAACGAUGCCAUCUUCCUUUUGGAUGAAGCCAUACAGUACUUGAGCAAGAUAAAGAUUCAACAAAUUGAGAAGGACCAAGGUGAAUGGGAUAGUCUGACUCCAGAAGCCCGUCGAGAGAAGGAAGCUGGCCUACAGAUGUUUGGACAGCUGGCACGUUUCCAUAAUAUUAUGUCCAAUGAAACAAUUGGCACCCUUGCCUUUCUGACAUCAGAGAUCAAAUCACUUUUUGUGCAUCCUUUCCUGGCUGAGCGCAUCAUCUCCAUGCUGAACUACUUUCUGCAGCAUCUGGUUGGCCCCAAGAUGGGGGCCUUAAAAGUCAAGGACUUCAGUGAAUUUGACUUCAAACCCCAGCAGCUCGUAUCAGACAUCUGCACUAUCUACUUAAAUCUUGGGGAUGAGGAGAAUUUCUGUGCCACUGUGCCUAAGGAUGGACGUUCCUAUUCCCCAACUCUCUUUGCACAGACAGUCCGAGUCCUGAAGAAAAUAAAUAAACCUGGGAAUAUGAUUAUGGCUUUCAACAAUUUAGCAGAGAGAAUCAAGUCUCUAGCAGACCUUCAACAACAGGAAGAGGAGACCUAUGCAGAUGCCUGUGAUGAGUUCCUGGACCCCAUCAUGAGCACACUGAUGUCUGACCCUGUGGUACUGCCAUCUUCCCGAGUCACUGUGGAUAGAUCCACCAUUGCCAGACAUUUGCUCAGUGACCAAACAGAUCCCUUUAACCGUAGUCCCCUCACCAUGGACCAGAUCCGGCCAAACACAGAACUAAAAGAAAAAAUCCAACAGUGGCUCGCAGAGAGGAAACAACAACAAAAGGAACAACUGGAAUAAAUACUGUGACCUAAACAAACCAAAAACCAACCCCAGAGUAUAGAUAAACAAUUGUUUGUGAUUUC